ACACUCUGGACACCCCUCUGGACACUCUGGACACUCUGGACACCCCUCUGGACACUCUGGACACACUGAACACUCUGGACACUCCUCUGGACACCCUGAACACUCUGGACACUCCUCUGGACAGUCUGGGCACCCCUCUGGACACCCCUCUGGACACUCUGAACACUCCUCUGGACACUCUGGACACUCUGGACACCCCUCUGGACACUCCUCUGGACACUCUGGACACUCUGGACACCCCUCUGGACACUCCUCCCAGGGCAGUGAUGGCCCAGCUGCUGCCUCUGAGCUGUCAGAGAGGGACAAGGAGUCCCCAGGGCAGGAGGAGGAAUCCUCAUCCUCAGGAAACUCCUCCUAUAAAACCGCACUGACCAAAUUCUCAGAGAAAAGUGAAAGGGGAGCGUGGCAGGAGAAGGUAAAAGUGCUUGGGAGUGGAGUCCUGGAGAAGCAGGAAAAGGGAAAGAAGGUGCCUGAGCUUGUUUUGUUGAAUAAUUUCUCAGAGGGCUGGAGGAAGGGCCGUUCUGGAAGGUGGGGAGCUGAGGGUGCUCCUUGUGCAGCAGCCCCCGAGCCGGGGCAGGAAGGGGGGCUGCAGCUGCCCGCCGGCCCCAGGGGCUGGGGGCUCACGGCUGCUCCCGAGGAGCUGCUCCCAGCAAUGCUGAGGCAGGCAGCAGCCGGGCUGGGCACAGAGGGGCCGGCUGUGCCCCCCAGCCAGCCCCAGGACACGGCUGGGGGCACCUCGGGGUGCUCUGGGCACGGCCCGGGGGGAGCAGAGCCCACCGCAGGCAGCCAUGAGCUGACCGGCUCCGAGCUCUCCAUAGAGAGGGGACACAAAGUCACAGAGAUCUCCCCUUCCUUCAGCCUGGGAGCUGAGGGCUCCUUCUCCCUGCACCUGGCUCGUCCCAACUUCCAGUCCACCCCUGGGGUGUUCCUCGAGAGAACCGGGAAGGUGGAAGGACGUGGGGUCCCGGCCAUCCCUGCAGACCUUCAGGCCUCUCUUUCCCGCUCAGAGGAGUCCCCUGUCCCUGGAGCAGGGAAGGAAGAUCCUGCCCAGAGAGCAGUGGAAGAAAGCUGUGGCCAUUUGGAGUCCCUGAGGCUGGAAUCCCCUGGCUGUGGCAGGAUGCAGCCCUGCCCAGCGCUGGGUUUCCUGGAGAAGGUGGGAGCGUGGCACGUGAGCCAGCCAGAGCAGGUUCCUGACAGCUCAGGGGUCCCAGGGGCGCUUCCCCCUGCAAGGAGAGCCUCCAGAUCACUUCCCAGGGCUGCAAGCUGUAUUUUAGCAGGACAGAGGAGCCCUGGGGAUCCCCAGGACUGCGCUGCUCCCUCCUCCAGUGGGGCAGGUUCUGUGGGCAGCUGGGAUUUCCCUCAUGAGAGCCUCCAGCUCGGUCCAGCUCGGGGCAGAUCCCGCUCUGACACCUCCCUGAGCUCCUGCAGGGAGAGCAGAGCCUUGGUCAGAGCCAGCUCAGCCUGCAGUGAGAGCUCAGCCUUGGUCAGAGCCAGCUCAGCCUGCAGUGAGAACAGAACCUCGUUCAGAACCUCAGUCAGAACCAGUCCAGCCUGCAGUGAGAACAGAACCUCAUUCAGAACCAGCCCAGCCUGCAGUGACAGCUCAGCCUUGGUCAGAAGCAGUCCAGCCUGCAGUGAGAACAGAACCUCGUUCAGAACCUCAGUCAGAACCUCAGUCAGAACCAGCCCAGCCUGCAGUGAGAACAGAACCUCGUUCAGAACCAGCCCAGCCUGCAGGGAGGAGCCUCCAGGACACCCCAGCCCCACCAUGGGUCUCUCCCAGAGCUCCUCCAUGGGCUCCCUGGCAGGAGGGGCUGGAGCUGGGCACGGUGACACCAGGCGAAGCUCGGCCCCAGAUGUGUUCGUGUGCGGCCUUGCUCAGCUCCUUACAAAGCACGAGGAUUGUGAGGAAAAGGAAAAUCAGUCCCUCAACCUGAAUAUUGCCACUGGACACGAUAUCAUGGAGAACUUUGGAGCUGUUUCCUUGGAGAGUUUGGAUUUUCCUGUCGGCUCUGGGGAGCCUCAGGGGGCCCCAGGCUGUGGUUUGGGCUCCCUGGUGGUGCCCAGGCCCUGCCCCAGUGCAGGAGAGAACAGCUCCAUCCCCCCUGGAGCAGCGCUGCAGACUCCUGAGAAAGAAGAGUUGAAUAUUGAAGAAAGGAUCCCGAUCUACCUGCGGAACCUGGGCAUCGAGCAGUCCCCUGGCAGCAUCCUGGCGCCCUUCGUGCCCCGGAGGCCCCUGUGGGAGCUGGAGUUCUCCCCCUCGGGGCUCAGGAGCCUGCAGGAUCCUCUGGGCUGCCUGGCCAGGGUCCCCCCGCAGGCGCAGGGUACUCUGCUGCCAGCCUUCCAGAUGUCAGAGGCCGGCUUUGGCAGGGUGACAUCCCCGGGGAGCGUGUCCCCUCCCGGGGGCUCUGCGGCGGUGCUGUCCCCCCGGGAGCUGUCCGGGGAGCCCCCAGACAGCCAGGGCGGUGUGCCGUGUCCCCAGCCGGGGCUGCCUGUCCCCGUGUCCCCAGCCCGGGCUGCGGAGGGUUCCCCGGGAUCUGCUGGAGCGGAGCAGGACGUGCCCAGCCGCUCCUCGGGCAGGGACAGUGCCCGGGACGGGGGGACGAGUGCUCGGGUUCCCUUUGCUGGCCGUGAGCCCGGCAGCCUGCAGGGAUGGGCGGCUGGGGCUUUGUCUGGAGCUGGCAAUGGAGUGGAAUUGGACAGAGGGUCCCAGAGCUGCAGCGGGGGAAGUGAGAGCGGCCAGGGCUGGGAAGGAGAUUCCCCGCUGGGCUCCGGGGCCCUGCGGGAGCUGCGGGAGCUGCUGGCACGGGCCGAGGAUCUGGCUGCCGGCUGGGCCCGGCCUGCCUUCCCCUCAGCUUCCCGCACGGAAACCGGGGAGGCUCCCCCGGCACUGCCUGGGAGAGAGCCCGAUCCCGGGGACCCCAGGGUGGGGAAGGAGCGGAUCCCUGAGCCUGUGACCCAGAGGGGUGUGCGGGGAGAGGGGCUGGGGUUCCAUCCUCCGGAUCCUGGCAGCUGCCAGCAGGGACGGGGAGAUGCCUCGGCUGUCAGCCUGCAGCGGCGGGAAGGGCUGAGGGGAGCGGCCCAGCGGCCCAGGCCGGGCAGGGCAGAGCCGGAGGGCUGCAGCGCUGUGCCCAGGAGCCAGGCUGUGCUGGUGGGGCCGGCACAGAGCGGAGCCAGCAGCGGCCUGAGCUCGGCCCCACAGCCGGGCCCUCCUCCCCUGCAGCCCCCGGGCACCGGCCCCGCUCUCCCGGGGAGCUCCCGGGGCUCUGUGGGCCGGGCCGGAGGGGCGCAGGGGACACGGGGCAGCAGCAGCGAGGACAGCAGCAGUGGGGAUUCGCUCGGUGCCCGUGUCAGGAGCCUCCUGGGCAGCACCAGGGGACACCUGGGCAGCACCGGGGGACAGCCGGGCACAUUCCGGGGGGCUCUUGAGAGCAGCAGCAGUGGGGAUUCGCUCAGUGCCCGUGUCCGGAGCCUCCUGGGCAGCACCCAGGGACAGCCGGGCACAUUCCAUGGAGCUCUCCAGGACAGCAGUGGUGAUUCCCUGGCCGCCCGUGUCCGGAGCCUCCUGGGCAGCACCGGGGGACACCUGGGCAGCACCAAAGGACAGCCGGGCACGUUUCAUGGAGCUCUCCAGGACAGCAGCAGUGGGGAUUCGCUCAGUGCCCGUGUCCGGAGCCUCCUGGGGCCGGCAGCCCCGGGCACCGCUGCCCACCAGAUCCUCAGGGACGCCGAGGAGCAGGAGAGGAAAAUCCGAGCCUGGGUGAAGCUGAAACUGGCCAGCCAGUCCCAGGAGUCUGGGCCAGACAGGGAUGGAGAGACCCAGCACAGGAUGGAGGGAAUGAAGGCAGAGCUGUUCCCAAAGACCAGGGAAUCCGCACAAGCCAAGGAUCCGUGGCUCUGUGGUUUGGGAGCAGGUUCUGAGCAUCUGAGGAAGCAGGAACAGGACCUGGAGCGUUUCCAGGCUCCCAGGUUUCCCAGGGACAGGCACAGACAGACAGACAGACAGCUCUUCCCGUCCAGCUCCCCACCAGCAGUGCCAGUCCUGAGAGCUGAUCCCUGGGAUUGCUCCCUGCUGCAGGACAUGCAGCUCAAACUGUGGGGUCCUGCUGGGCUGCAGGACAUGCAGCUGGAGACUCGGAGCACUGCUGGGCUGCAGGACAUGCAGCUGAAGCCCCAGAGCGCUGCUGGGCUGCAGGACAUGCAGCUGGAGACUCGGAGCACUGCUGGGCUGCAGGACAUGCAGCUGGAGACUCGGAGAACAGAUGGGCUGCAGGACAUGCAGCUGAAGCCCCAGAGCACUGCUGGGCUGCAGGACAUGCAGCUGGAGCCUUGGAAUUCUUCUGAGCUGCAGGACAUGCAGCUGAAGCCCCAGAGCACUGCUGGGCUGCAGGACAUGCAGCUGGAGCCCUGGAAUUCUUCUGGGCUGCAGGACAUGCAGCUGGAGCCUUGGAGCACUGCUGAGCUGCAGGACAUGCAGGACAUGCAGCUGAAGCCCCAGAGCACUGCUGACUUGCAGGACAUGCAGCUGAAGCCUUGGAGCACUGCUGGGCUGCAGCAGAUGCAGGACAUGCAGCUGAAGCCCCAGAGCAGCACUGAGCUGCAGGACAUGCAGCUGAAGCCCCAGAGCAGCACUGAGCUGCGAGUGUGUGAGCAGCAGCCAGCCGUGGAGCGCAGCAGUGCCGUGGCAGAGCUCUGUGGCCCCCUGGCAGGGGAUCCCUGUGCAGGGAGCGGUGCUGCUGCCCCCUGUGCCCGCGGGCAGCCGGGCGAGCCGAGCUCCUCCGACACCCUCUGCUCCUGGAGGCGGGCUCCAGCCCCGCUGGGACCCCGGGCACGCAGCCCCAGCCCGGCCAGGGACGGGAUCCUGCCGGGGGAGGCUCCCUGUGCUCGCCCUGGGGAGGAGAGGCUGGGCACAGAGCCCUGGGAGAGGAUCCAGAGCUGUCCCCCCAGCCCCACGCUGGCCCGCUCCCGGGAGCCCGGGGAUGCUGCACAGCUUCCUCCUGUCCCCACUGCCACUGCUGGAGCUGGAGCUGCUCAGGGAACAGCCCGGGGGGCUGGGAGCAUCCACACUGGGCAAACACAGAGCCUGGCUGCACAGCAGCCCCAAAUCCACACUGGGCAAACACAGAGCCUGGCUGCACAGGCCGAUCGCUCCGAGCUGCGCGGCGCCGGGGCCGCUGGAGCUGGGAUGGAGCUGUGGGACAAACCCCAAGUGAAGGCUUUAAAAGCAGCUCCAGAAGCUUCCGUGGAAGCCCAGCCCUUGCUGCUGCCCUACAAGCCCUUGGGAAGUGCUGGCAUGUAUUAUGUGCCCUGCCAGAGAUCAGGAGCCAGCGUGUCCCCAGAGACCAGCGAGGCCAGCAGAAACAGCUCCCACUCAGGGUCUGAGGAUGUGGCUGCAGUGCUCCUGGCCCGAGUGCUGGCCCUGGGGGACGAUUCCCCUCCUGCCAGGACAGCUGUCCAGCACAGAGGGACAAGCCAUGGCCACAGGGCUAAGCUGGCCUGGGCUGAGGAGCAGGGGACACCACUGGAACAGUCUUCAGAGCUCCCCGAUGGCUCCGGGCGUGUAAAACCCUCCGGUUGUGCCCGUUCCCCCUCGAGCGGCGGCUGCUGCCCGGCUCCCCGGCAGCUGUGCGGGGUCUGUGCCGGAGCAGGACCCGCUGGCCCAUCCUCGGGGGCUGUCCUGGCCGGCUCCCAGCGGCAGGGUCCCCGUGUGUCCCCCGGGCCGGCCCGGCAGCUCUGGGCUGUCCCCGCGGAGGCCGAUGACAGCGGGAGCGAGGAGCCCGGCGCAGCCUUGGGGAGCGGGAUGGAGCCGCAGCAGGACAAUGCUGGAAGGGAUCCUGCACCGCCCAGCCCUGCAGAUCUCCCCGCUGGGAGCCGGGGGAAGGCGGCACGGCACAGGAGCCGCCCCGGGGGCAGCCUGGGGAAGCUGUGGGUGACGUUCCUGGAGCGCCAGAGCAGACAGCAGCAGGAUUCCGGGGACAGCGGGGAGCUGUCCCUCGUGGAGCGCCUGGAGCGGCUGGCCAGGCUCCUGCAGAACCCCAUCAGACACACCCUGGCACCGACAGCGGCUCGGGAGGAGCUUCCUGAGGGGUGCACACAGGGAAGGGAGCGGCUGAAAAUACGGCUGGCAGGAGGAGGCAGGUCUGGGAGCGGCACGGAGCCCCGGGGAACGCGAGCGGGACGGAGGCCACAGGUGAUCCAGGAGGAGCCCGGGGCACACAGGCCGGGCCAGAAGGUGAUCCAGCACCUGAAGACGAUUCUGGAGCAGCAGCAGCAGCUGGGAAUUGCGAGUGACAGCUCCUCGGAGGCCAGGCUGAGCACAGAGCCCGGCGGCUGCAGCAGCUGCAGCACCUCGGGGUGGGACACGGGGACCCCGGCGGGGCCGGACACCUCCCCGGCCUCUGGGGACAGCAGCUCCCUGUCCCUGGCCACCAUCGACACGGCCAGGCUGCUGCGGGCCUUUGGGGAGCACAGGCUGGGGCUGGGCUCACAGCUGGGCUCACAGCCUGUCACACAGCUGGGCUCACAGCUGGGCUCACAGCUGGCCCCACAGCCUGUCACACAGCUGGCCCCACAGCCUGUCACACAUCUGGGCUCACAGCUGGGCUCACAGCCUGUCCCACAGCUGGCCCCACAGCUGGGCUCACAGCUGGGCUCACAGCUGGCCCCACAGCCUGUCACACAGCCGGCCCCACAGCUGUCCCCAGAGCUGCCCCCGAGGCUGGCCCAGCUGUACUGUGCCAUCAGCCAGCAGAGGAGCCGCUCGGAGCGCUGGGAUGAGGAGAGUGAAGGAGCGGGGGCUGAGAGCCUCGGGAAGGGGCAGCAGAGCCAGCCGGCCCCACAGCUGUCCCCAGAGCUGCCCCCGAGGCUGGCCCAGCUGUACUGUGCCAUCAGCCAGCAGAGGAGCCGCUCGGAGCGCUGGGAUGAGGAGAGUGAAGGAGCGGGGGCUGAGAGCCUCGGGAAGGGGCAGCAGAGCCAGAGCACCAUCCCCUUUUCCUCAGACUCCACUUGUGCCAGCAGCAGCUCCUGGGGACCGAGCUCUGCCCUCAGGAACAAGCGACGGCCACGGAUGCUGAACAAAGGGAUCCAGGCAGGGACUCAGUGGCUCGUCCCAGCAGAGGACUUGAAAUGUGACUGGAGGAAAGAAAACCAGUCCAGUGCCCUUCCUGGCCCUGGGCCAGCCUGGUUUGAGCCCUGGAGCAGCACAAAGCCCUGGAGAGAGCCCCUGCGGGAGAAGAACUGGGAGCAGCAGCCCAGGCUGGGCCGGGCAGGGGCUGGCAGGGGGAAGCUGACACUGCAGGAGGCCCUGGCCCUGCACCGCCCCGAUUUCAUCUCGCGCUCGGGACAGCGCCUGCGGCACCUGCGGCUGCUCCGCGAGGAGAGGAGGCUGCAGAGGCUCUACGAGCAGCUCCCCGAGGUGAGGAGGAAGAGGGAGGAGGAGCAGAGGAAGCUGGAGUACAGCUCCCACCGCCUGCAGGCUCGGCUCUACAGAACUAAAAUCACCAACCGUGUCCUGGGGAAGAAGGUGUCCUGGAGCUGA